GCGCCACCGUUUCCUUCAUUCUUUUCCUGGUUCGCGACGCUUCGGCCGCCCGUCGUCUGUUUCGCGCACGGGCCUCUCGUCUCGAGAAAGAGAGAAAAAGGAGAAUCGUUCGCGUAUGGUCUCUCUCUCUCUACGGAAACCUAGAGGACGAACAGAUAAGCAGCUGGAGUCGAGCCCGCGAUCGUGAUCUUUCCUGGUCCAGUCGCCAUCGCCACAAUGGAUUUCAUGAAGGUGCUCGAUCAGACCGUCCGGGAGAUAAAGAGGGAGGUGAACCUCAAGGUGCUCAAGGUGCCGGAAAUCGAGCAGAAGGUUCUCGAUGCCACAAGCGAUGAGCCGUGGGGUCCUCACGGUUCCGACUUGGCGGACAUUGCCCGGGCCACCAAAAGAUAUAGUGAAUGUGCAAUGAUCAUGAAUGUGUUGUGGAAACGGCUAGGGGACAGCGGCGCGAAUUGGCGUCAUGUGUAUAAGGCAUUUGCUGUGAUCGAGUAUCUUCUGGCUAAUGGCACUGAACGUGCUGUCGAUGACAUCAUUGAUAACAACUCACAAAUUGCAAAAUUUGUAAGUUUCGAGUAUGUAGAGCCUAAUGGAAAAGAUGUUGGGCUCAAUGUGCGAAAGAAGGCAGAAAAUGUUCUAGCUAUUAUGGAUGACAGGGAGAAGCUUCAACAAGUCAGGGAAAAGGCUGCUGCUACAAGGGAUAAGUACUUUGGUUUGUCAUCAACUGGAGUAACAUACAAGUCAAGUGCAGCAUCAUUUGGUAAUGGCAGCUACUCAUCUGGCAGUCGCUAUGGGGUCACACAGAGUUCAAAGGAAGCUGACGCAUCCAGGGAUAGCUACAGAGGCAAGGAAUGGAGCUACAGCAGUAAAGAAACAAUUUCAGAUUUUAGAAGCACUAGGCAAAUGUCGAUAGGAAACAUGAGCAGUACAACUAACUAUAAGCCAGGAAAGGGAGAAGGGCAUCACAGGAGAAAUCAAGAUUCCUCAACAUCACACCUGAAAUCAUCAUCAAAUCUUCGAUCCUCAUCCACAUCUGGGGGCACAAGUUCACAGAAAGUGGACAAUGAAGAUAACAACGACUUCAACCCACGAGGAUCUUCCAUAUCUGGAACAACUAAUGCAAGCUAUAAUCACGUGGAUCUCUUUGGGCAAAGUUUAAUGGAUGACCUUGUUGACACAACUGCAUCUACUUCAAGUACAGUGCCAAAUGUUGGAGCUGCUUCUUUGCCAGAAGUUGAUUUAUUUGCCAAUACAGAUUUCCAGUCUGCUAAUGCUCCAUUAGAAUCAACAACUGGCUCUCAUGCUCAGAUGUCAUCGCAGGACAAUAUUGAUCUAUUUGCGGGCAGAUCAUCAUUUGCUGGUUCUGUUAAUUCAGAUACGGAGUUCUCAGUACGCGAUACCCCUAAUAAAUCCUUAGAACUUAAUCUGCCUUCCCUUACACAAUCUUCUGCCUCUGCUUUUGAUCCAUUCCAACCAUCCUUCGUGGCAUCAUUCCCUUCAGACACUGAGUUCUCAGUGUGUGACACCCCAAGUAAAUCCAAAAACCCCACACAUCAUCAUUCCAGCGCUGCAGAUUUUGAUCCUUUUGCUGCAAUUCCAGUGAAGACUCUUGAUGGAUCUGACUCCUUCAGUGCAUUCUUUUCAAAUACAGAUUCAGGUCAAACUAAAACGGAAGGUGUCAAAAGUUGUGAUCAUAGUCCUUUAGAGGAGCUUAAUUUUGGUGCCUUCACUUCACACACAGAACCGCCUAGAGCAAGUGCCACUAAACCCAUGAGUAAGUCCCCCACAAAGCUGGAGCCGCCCUCUAUAUCAGAAUCAAAACCAGAUAUGAAGAAAGGGGCUUUCCAGGUCAAAUCUGGCAUAUGGGCUGAUUCUUUGAGUCGUGGACUAAUCGAUUUGAAUAUAACUGCCUCAAAAGAGGUCGAUCUUUCAGAUGUCGGGGUUGUUGGGCAAUUGAGCAAUGGAUCUGAGGGUAAGGGCCUAGCUGUUCCAUGGUUCACGGGGUCAGGGACGACAGUGAGCACCGGCUCAGGUCUGCAAAGCAGGUCUGUUUUUCCAUCAUCCGCAGGAUCCACGGGUGGAAGUGGUAAUUUCCAGCAGCAGCAGUUUGGAACCUUCACGUGAUCCUUAUUCAGGAUAUUCGUUAUCCAUGGUUCUUGAAGAGUUGCAAUAUCUGAUUUCCUGGAUCAUUUAUGCAGUACUGCUCCUGAGUCCUAACAUCUCGCCAAUCAGGUGCUUCGGAGAUGACCAGUACCAGUAUUGCAAAAUAGCUGUCAUCUUCGCCCUUGAUGUGUUAUACUUUUGUAUCUAUUAUAUUAGUUCAUCCAAAGUAAAUUUGUAUGUACACACUGUGAAUAAAGCCUUAGUUUUUUUUUUCUGAUAGAAGGCCUCGUUUUUUUGGUAUAUCAGUUCUCAAUAAUGCAAGCAGCAAUCCUGUAAUUUGCCUCAUCUAUUGUACAGUGCACACCCGAAAUUAGCUGACUUUCAACCUUUUCAGUAUAAUAACACUAGGGAUAAUGCAGGAUAUAUGAAUUGUAAUGAAAUGAUAAAUCCCUUGAUACCA